AUGGAUCCAGUUGUGGUGUUGGUGUUUAUGCUCACAUGUCUGGUUCUCCUCUCAUUCUGGAGACAGAGCUCUGAGAGAAGGAAUCUCCCUCCAGGCCCCACUCCUCUCCCACUUAUUGGCAAUUUCCUCCAAAUAGAUGUGAAGAAUAUCAGCCAAUCCUUGACCAAAUUCUCAAAAGUCUAUGGCCCUGUGUUCACCCUGUACCUGGGCAUGAAACCCACUGUGGUGUUGCAUGGGUAUGAAGCAGUGAAGGAAGCUCUGAUUGACCAUGGGGAGAUGUUUGCUGGAAGAGGAAGCUUCCCUAUGGCUGAAAGACUUAAUAAAGGCCUUGGCAUUAUUUUUAGCAAUGGAAGCAGAUGGAAAGAGACAAGGUGCUUCACAGUCAUGACUCUGAGGAAUCUGGGCAUGGGCAAAAGGAGCAUCGAGGACCGUGUUCAAGAGGAAGCACAGUGCCUUGUGGAGGAACUGAGGAAAACCAAUGGUAAGUGUCAUCCAUCCAUAGUAGUGGGCUGCAGUGUCUGUAAUAUUGUAUGCAGCGUCUGCAAUAAUUUCCCUUCACUAAUUGACUACUGUCCAGGAAGUCAUCACACAAUAACAAAAAAUGUCAGAUAUAUCAGAAGUUACCUUUCAGAGAAUAUCAAAGAACAUCAGGUAUCAUUGGAUGUUGCAAACCCUCGGGACUUUAUUGAUUAUUACCUGAUUAAAUUAAAGCAGUCAAUCCACAAUCAACAAUCUGAACUUUCACUUGAAAAUCUGACAAUCACUGUGAGUGAUCUGUUUGCUGCUGGGACAGAGACAACAAGCACAAUGCUGAGAUAUGCUCUCCUGCUCCUGCUGAAGCACCCACAUGUCACAGCUAAAGUACAGGAAGAGAUUGAUCAAGUGGUUGGCAGAGACCGAAGCCCUUCCAUGCAGGACAGGAGCCAUAUGCCCUACACAGAUGACACGGUUCAUGAGGUCCAGAGAGUCAUAAAACUGGUCCCCACCAAUAUGCCCCAUGCAGUGACCAAUGACAUUAAAUUCAGGGACUACUACAUCCCUAAGGGAACAAUGGUAAUCACAUCACUGACAUCAGUGCUGCUUGACAGCAAGGAAUUCCCCAACCCAGAGGUAUUUGACCCUGGCCACUUUCUAGAUAAGGAUGGAAACUUCAAGAAAAGUGACUACUUCGUGCCUUUUUCAAUAGGAAAACGGAUGUGUGCAGGAGAGGGUCUGGCACAUAUGGAGCUGUUUCUAUUCCUGACCACCAUUUUACAGAACUUUAAGCUGAAAUCUUUGGUUCAACCAAAGGACAUAGAUACAACCCCAGCGCUAAAUGGAUUUGGCUCUCUGCCACCCCCCUACAAGCUCUGCUUCAUUCCAGUGUAA